AGACCAGUGCAGAGUUUAAGGUGGACCGACAUGUUUCUGUCUCUGCUUUGAUUUUGUGUCUUUAACACUGUCAUGUCUGAAAACAAACUGACUUCAGUGGAUUUUGAAAUUUUUGGGAACGUGCAGGGUGUUUGCUUCAGAAUGUACACAGAGGAUCAUGGCCUGAGUUUGGGAGUGAGCGGCUGGGUGAAGAACACCAGACAAGGCACUGUGAUUGGUCAAAUUCAAGGACCUUGGGACAAAGUCAAUGACAUGAAAGCCUGGCUGAGGAGCAUUGGAAGUCCAAGCUCUCGAAUUGACCGAGCUGUUUUCUCAAAUGAGAGACAGAUUGCUAAACUGGAGAUCCAUGGUUUCUCUACCCGCUACUGAGCAUGCUAGGACACUUGUGAGAUCACAUAAUUCUUAACCAUCAUAUGUGAAAAGAAACUGUACUGUAACUGAAGGCAGAGCUUUAAGUAAAUUUCUUAAUGAAUUAGUUAUUUAAUGGAACACAUUAAUAAUUGAACAUUUAAGGAAUUUAUCAAUAAAACCUCCAGCUGAU